ACCUUGGACUUUAAAGUAAGCGGACAUGUCCUUUCUGUUUUGACAAUGCAUUCUAAAAUAUACUUGUCAUGAGUCUAAUACAAGGAAUAAAUAAUUUUCUUUUGUUAGUCUUCCAAGUGGAUCAGUUUUUAAAAUAAAUAAAGGAUUUUCUUUCAGUAGUGGGUCAGCGAAGGUUUGGAAUAUGACUUUAUUUUUCAUUAUGAAAACAAUUUAAAACAAGAGGAACAGACAGCUAGAGGAUAUUCUGCGAAAAUAUCUCCUGAAUAUAACUUCUGUGGAAAUAUGAAGUGGCUGCAUUAUGUUAGUUUGUGUGUAAUGUUAAUGGAUGGAGUUUUAUCGGCUAAUAUCACAGAGGUGGAGACCUUGUAUAGUGACUUAAUGUCAAGCUACAACAAAUACGUGCGACCACUGACAUCGACAAGUGAUCCUAUGUAUGUGAAUGCUACUUUUCAUCUCGUCGGAAUUAAGGAAUUUGAUGAAGUGAAUGGCAAGUUUUCUGUGAUCGGGUUUUUCACCAUUAAAUGGUCAGAUUCACGCAUAACGUGGAAUCCAUUCUCUCACAAUCAUGUCUAUGUCAUGGAGCUUCCAGAAGCCAAAGUCUGGGUUCCCAGCCUCACACUUGUCAACCCAUACGACAGCAUCGAAACUCUUGCGAAAGGGAUAUUCCCCGUCACAUACACGUAUGACGGAACAGCUUAUUGGUCCCCUGGUGACGUCAUAUCAAGCGGAUGUGAGGUAGACGUCACAUAUUAUCCUUUUGAUACCCAGUCCUGCGGCAUGAUGCUGAUGUGUUGGGGGUUUGCUCCGACUGCCAUCGUAACACAAGCAGAGGACAUCGAGAUCAACAUGGACUAUUUUUCGGAACAUGGAACGUGGGAACUACUGGAUAAAAAACUGAAUACUCAUCUAGAUCCUUUUCUUUCUUACAUUAGUAUUGAUAUAAAAAUGAAAAGGCGUCCAGCGUUUGCCGUCAUUAACAUUGUCCUUCCGAUGGUUUUCAUGGUGGUUUUGAAUUUACUAGUAUUUGUUUUACCUGUGGAGAGCGGUGAGCGCGUGUCCUACUCCAUCACCGUGCUUCUUGCGAUCGCCGUGUUUUUAACACUUGUGGGUGACAACCUGCCAAAAACAUCAAAACCGACCGCCAUGUUGUCGUACUUCCUUCUGACAGAUUUGGUACUGAGCUCUAUGAUCUGUGUCUUUGUUAUUCUUGGGUUGACUAUCUAUUACAAGGACGACUCUGAAAAACCCGUACCCAAAAUAAUCGCAAGAAUCGUGAAAUUGUACUGUCAUCAACGAAAAUGUGCAAUACGAUCUAAGGACAAGACGGCCGUAGAGGCCUUCAAUGAAAAUUCUACGAACAAGAAGUUUCCAUUUCGUGAUCAAGAUGAAGGUGAAGAUGAAGAAAAGGUGACAUGGAAAAUGGUAUCCAGUUGUUUCGAUAAAAUGUUAUUGAUGGUUUGUCUUCUAGCCAUUAUCAUAUCGACAGUGCUAUUUUUUGUUCUCACGAUGUGAUGAGACUCCACAACUGCUUAUUUCGGACAAUGUGAUACAACUACACAGCAAUGCUAUUUGUUGUUCUGAUGAGGGGAUGAAACUGUACUGCAGGUUCACUUCUCGGAACUUUCCCCAUCUGGUGGACUGUGUGUAUUGUUGUGAACUAGAAAACUCUUCCCAAUGUCAGAGGAAUUCAAUUUGACUAUAGUAUCUGUCCACCCCACCAAUUCUGAUCUUAAAUUGAAAAGUCGAGCAAACGCGAAA